CUGAGCUGACUUCAAUUUGUUGGGCAGAGUCUAGGGUUUUCACUUUCAGCUCCCAAUUCCAAAAAAAUUCUCAUUGGGCUUAUAAGUUUUUCCAACCACUUGCCAUUAUUGAAACCACCCAGCUCCAACAUUUCUAUACUAGCAUGCUUUCUUUCUGAUAUUUUCUUUCUGGCCUGUUGCUAAAUUAUAGGUGGGGAUAAAUUUAUGCAGGUGUGUUUUUUGAGAAUUAGCUCAAUUUAUAUCUUCAUUUAUUUUAGCUAAAUUUCCAAUUUUGCUCUAGAAUUUCUCCCGUGGUAUGUGCAAGAAUAGAUAGUGACAAGGCUGAGCUUGAAAAUUGGGAGUCUCGGAACUGUAUUAGGUCAAAGGCUCUCGAAUUUAAGCAUACUACUGAGUUCAAUAGCAAAACAAUUGGUAACAAUUCAAGGAAAAUCUGAGUGAAGAAACUUAUACGAACAGAGUUUUUACAUUCUCGACAUUUUGAUUUAUUGUUGAACUCGGCUUAAACUGGGAACAGGAGCAAGGAUUUGCGCUGUAAUUCUUGGGCUUUGAUUCCUGUUUUUGAAGAGAAGGAUGUUUUAAGCAAUGGCACUUAAGCUCUCAGCUCCAGAAGCAGCAAAAGUUGCGAUUCAGUCAAUUGGGCGUGGAUAUGAUGUAUCUGUAGAUCUUAGGCUCAAAUACUGCAAAGGGGAUUCGCAGCUGAUUGCAAUUGAUCAAGAUCAAGGUCAAGAUGUCGUACUCCCAGGCGGAAUUUUGAUAUCUGAUGUGCCAAAAUCGAUCAAAUGUGAUAAAGGAGAACGCACCCGGUUUCGCUCCGAUGUUCUUACUUUUCAGCAAAUGUCGGAACAAUUCAACCAGGAGUUGUCAUUGACCGGUAAAAUCCCUUGUGGACUCUUCAAUGCCAUGUUCGAGUUUUCUAGUUGCUGGCAGAAAGAUGCGGCCUAUACAAAAACUCUUGCUUUUGAUGGAGUAUUCAUCACACUUUAUACAGUUGCUUUAGAAAAAUCUCAGCUGGUGCUGUGUGAUCAUGUGAAGAAAGAAGUUCCGUCAUCAUGGGAACCUGCUGCACUAGCUAGGUUCAUUGAAAAAUUUGGCACCCAUGUUAUUGUUGGUGUGAAGAUGGGUGGGAGGGAUGUAGUAUACAUGAAGCAGCAGCAUUCUUCAUCGCUUCAACCUGCUGAUGUGCAGAAAAGAUUGAAGGCUAUGGCAGAUAAAAGGUUUUUAGAUGCAAGUGGAAAAUAUGGAACGGAGUCUGAAAAAGCAUACCACAAUGAGAAGUUUGAAGUCCGGGAACAACGACUAAGAUUUGCAAAUAGUGGGACAUCAAGUUCUUACUCACAUAAGGACGAUAUUGUUAGCAUUUGCAAGAGGAGAGGUGGAAAUGACAAUAAAAACUUCAGUCAUAAUGAGUGGUUACAAACUGUGCAAUUGGAACCUGAUGUGAUUUCAAUGUCAUUCAUUCCAGUAACAUCCCUAUUAAAUGGAGUCCGUGGAAGUGGAUUUUUGAUCCAUGCCAUUAAUCUAUAUUUGAGAUAUAAACCACCUAUUGAAGAACUUCAUCAAUUUUUGGAAUUCCAGUUGCCUAGGCAGUGGGCUCCUGUGUUCAGUGACCUUCCUCUUGGUCCACAGAGGAGGCAGCAAAGCACAGCUUCCCUGCAGUUUAGUUUAAUGGGUCCCAAGCUCUACGUAAACACUGCUCUGGUUGACGUAGGCAAAAGGCCUGUGACUGGUCUUCGACUGUUUCUUGAGGGUAAAAGGAGCAAUCGCUUGGCCAUACACUUGCAGCAUCUCUCAUCUCUACCCAAAAUUUUCCAACUCGUGGAUGAUCCAAAUGGGAAUUUCCUCCAUGAGUCUUGUGAUCGUAAAUACUUUGAAAAGGUUCAGUGGAAGAACUUCUCUCAUGUAUGUACAGCUCCUGUUGAAUCUGAUGAGGAUCUCUCUAUUGUAACUGGAGCACAGUUACAAGUCAGGGAUUAUGGGUUCAAAAAUAUUCUUUUCUUACGACUUCGUUUCUCAACUGUUCUGGGGGCCACUGUCGUAAAACAUCCUGAAUGGGAUGGAUCCCCGGGAUUGGCACGUAAAUCUGGACUUAUAUCAACUCUGAUUAGUCAUCAUUUUACAUCUGUUUCAAAGCCACCUCCAGAGCCAGCUGAUGUGAACAUAAACUCUGCUGUUUACCCUGGUGGCCCUCCUGUUCCUGUACAGGCGCCUAAACUGCUGAAAUUUGUUGACACAACCGAGAUGACAAGAGGGCCACAAGAAACUCCUGGGUAUUGGGUUGUUUCAGGUGCAAGACUGAUGGUUGAGAAGGGUAGGAUCUCACUCAGGGUAAAGUACGCCUUACUGACUGUAAUACAACCUGAUGAAGAUAUUCCAGAAUAAAUUUAGGUUAGAUUUUCAUUGUAACUUUUCUUGAGAGUUAACAGCAUAGAGGUUGUAAUUCAGACCUAAGAUGAGAGGCAUAUCGUUUUAAAGCAGCAACCUUUGGAGGAGCGAGGUGGUCCCUAGCCAGUCGUCUUGUUGCUGCAUAAGCAAUUUGAAGCGGGAAUGGCUGUUGUACAGAAUUGUAAAAGUGGUAGGGGAAAGGAACUGAUCUUUAUGUAUGAGAUUGAAUGGCGCGGGAUUGAACUGACCUCUUUUUUUCUGUUCACAUUUUUCUCCUGUGAAUGCGAAUCUCACAAUCUUGCUAGUGUUAUAUAAUUUCCCAUGCAAUCUUGGCGCAUUUCAGCCUGUUAGUUUUGUGCCAUACAGUUAGUUUCCAGAGAACAAGGCCUCAUAUGGCUGAGAAAAUGUCUUUAAAUGUGAAAAUUCGAUUUGUGGUGUAUUCCUCA